AUGGGCAGCAGGCCCCGCAGCCCCAGCGCCUACUCUGUGGACCGGUGGGGACCUCAGGCCGAGGGAGCCGGCCCUGCCAAGCGCCGCCGAACCAACGAGCCCUCGGACCCCGAGUCUGAGGCAGCGUCCAGCCCGGACAACCUGACCAGGCCCCGGGCCGCGGACGCGCGCACCUCUGUGGUGGUUCUGGAUGCCGACUGUGCCUUAUACCUGCCCCUAGACGACGUUGACCUGGUGCUGGAGCCCGAGGCUACGUCUGUGCAGCAAGUAUCUCUCAGAGAUCACACCGUUAUGGUGGUCCCCGAAACCCUCCUGGCCUCCGUAACGGAAUGCUUGGGAGGACAAGGCCACUCAUCUCUCGGCCUGGAACAGGGAGCUCUUCUGAGCGCUCCCGGGGAGUAUAUCGCCCUCGAGCAGGGAUUCUUAUACGGAUCUGUCCCAGAGAUCGCCGCACAGGAAGAGGUUUCCGAGGAGGAUGUGGACGCCGAGUUCCUGCUGCCUGGAAUGGAAGCUGCAGCCGGCUCAGUCGCUGGGCUCCGCUCCCCUCUCCUCACGAGCGCCCCCAACGCCCUCAUGGUCCUGCGCGCAAGGCCCAGAGAUGCCUGUUCCCGGAAUCAGUUGCCUCCCUCAAUUCCUCGCCACCUGGCUUAG